AUGAACCAGUUAACAAUCGACUAUGCAAGGUUUACUCGCUCCAGGGACGACUUCAUCACCUACGACGACGUUUAUAACCUUCUGUAUGCGUUGACUGCUAAACAAAUGAGAAAGGAUGACGACCCACUCAUUUCUGCUCGGCUUUGGAUGGAGGACCUUGAGAACCAAAAUUACUUCACCUAUUACGAUCGGGAACACGGCCUCUAUCAUAGAUUUUCAUCGCCAUGGCAGCUGGAUGAGCUGCGAAAGUGGGGGAUUUUUUCUGUUUUGACGGGACUCACCAUGCUUGUGGAACGUGCCGCACCCAAGUGUGGAGGUUCUGCAUGCUUUGACAAAGGACACAUGAGCUGCGCGACGCCUUUAUUGCAGUUGUAUCUUCCCAUGGCCGUAGUAACAAGCAUGCACGGCAACGUUGAAUGA